CCGUCUCAAUCUCCUUCUCUCCGAUCUCUGUAAAUAAUCCAAAUCUUUAAACCCUUAUUAUCCAAAUUAUCCAUGGAUGAUGGAGAGACACAAACAGAUGACUUCUUCAGUCAGAUCCAAACCAUGUUCGAAAACAUUCCCGACGAUCUAACGCUGUUUAUGGAUGAUCUCCCCAUGGUCACUAAUCCAUUGGUAGGCGAUUCAGUUGAAGAGAACUCGAUUCCUUCUCCGUGUAGUGUUUCACCGUGGAUGGACGAGCUCGAGGAGCUGCUGAUGAAGGACGAUACAGAGUCCUGCGUGGAGAACCCGGAGGAGUUUUGUCAGGAUUUCUUCUCUGAUGUACUCGAUGCAUCUCCUGAUCAAUCUUGUGAAGCACGGGUUUCAGACGAGGACACUUCAACUCCGGAAGCCAAUGUCUCCGAUGAUAACCAGGAGAAUGAAAAGUUUGAUGAUUCUCUGGCCAAGGAAGGGGAAGGGGAAGGGGAAGGGGACGAUCCGAUGAGCAAGAAACGCAAAAGGCAGCUGAGGAAUAAAGAUGCUGCACUGAGAUCAAGAGAGAGGAAAAAGAUUUAUGUAAGAGAUCUCGAAUUGAAGAGCAAAUACCUUGAAGGGGAGUGCAGGAGAUUGGAUCGCUUGUUACAAUGCUAUAUUGCAGAGAACCAAGCUCUCCACAUUAGCUUGCAGAACAAGGUUUCUGGUGCCAUGGCCAAGCAGGAGUCUGCCGUACUCUUAUUGGAAUCCCUGCUGUUGGGUUCCCUGCUUUGGUUUCUGGGCAUCAUGUGCCUGUUCUCUCUGCCGGCACUGCCGCACUUGAGUCUGGGAGAGUCCGCACCAAGAGACGAAGGAAGGAUCAAUCAGAUUCAGGAAAUCGUGACUCUAAGAGCAGCAGGAAACGAGAGAUUAGAUUUACCGAUGUCGCAACUGUUCCUUAAGAGUAGGCGAUGCAAGGCCACAAGGACGAAGAUGAAGGCCAUUCCAGAUUCCUUUGCCGUUUUGGUGCGACUUAUUUGUUGAUACCUUUACCUUCCCCUCUUUCCCCCCUUAUGGUGU